AACAAUGUCACAAAAAAGUACAUAUCCUUCAGGUGCAGAAAAAAGGAAGAAGAAGAAAGUGGAAGAGGAGAAAAAAUGCCAUGAUAAAGGAGCAUUGUUAAAAUACUUUGGAGGCACAGAAUCAGCCCAGAGCCAGUCCACAUCCUCAGGCUCAACUGUGAGUGAUGAAUCAGGUCCAUCUCCAUCCUCUACAGUGCUCUCUCACACACCUCCAUCCUCUGUGCCCACUGUCCCCUCCAUGUCUGAAACCACAGCUGAUUUAUCUACAACUUCCACCACAACGUCAUCUUCACACCAUGGACCAUCAUCAGCUCUGCCAGUUGACCCAGCUGAGUGGCCUUCUUUCCUCUCAGAUUCAGACAGGACUGAGCAGGUGAUCAGAGGACCACUGUCUAUAUUAAGGAGAACUUUUCAUUCCCCAAACGGCAUGAUGGCCGAAGUUUUCAUUAUCAUUAUACCUACAGACAGCUAG